GCUGGCGGCCGGGGCGAUGUCCCGGGGCGAUGCCGGGGCGCUGCCGACGGGACGGGCGCUUGGCCCCGGCUGAAGUUGGCUCCCGGGGACCGAGCGCUGGGGGCUUCGCUGCGGCGGCCCCGGGAGCAGCGCGGGGAGCCGGGGGCGCAGGAGGGCGAACGGGAGCGGGGGUCGGGAGCUGCAGGCCGGGGCCUGCGGCAGCAUCGCCCCGGGAUCAGCCGGCACGGCCCCGGCUCUGCGGUGGAUGGGGCGGGCUGAGCUCCGGGGAGGCAGCGCCCUGCGGACAGCGGGACCCCGCAGCGCCGGGCGCGGAAUCACCGGGUGGUUUGGGUGGGAAGGGACCUUCAGAGGUCACCUAGUCUGUCCCCCCGGCCACGAGAUGCAUUUUCUACCGAAUCAGGUUGCUCAGAGCCCCGUCCAACCUGACCUUGAGUGUUUCGAGCCACAGGGCAGCCUGUAGCGACCCUUCGUGCCGUGUGUCUGCGAGGGAAGCUCACAGAGCUUUAAACGCUUAUUGCAGGUCUCUUCCUCCAGGAAAAUAACUUGCCUGUAGUCAUCAUUCUUUUGUUGAGUAAAAGUGACUGCAAGCUGGUGGAAGCAAUAGGACAACUAACAGGCUUGUUCAUGCACAGAUGAGUGGCUCCCUGUUCUGCGUUGGAUGGGUUGAAUUGGUACCAGCCACGACAGAGAGAGGCACUCACUUCUCCUUGGUGCCUGGGAGAAGGCUGGCCUGGUGAUUAUCUCCUUGCAGAAAUUCCCUGUUCCUCCCUGUAGCCCUCAGAGCACACUUCAAAGCCACUCACGACCCGCAUUCAGGAUCUCUUUCAAGAAGGGUUGGGCUGGCAUAAGUGACAUUCUGGUUCUCAUGGGUGGAAGUGAGUGAAAGGCCUGAUGGAAAUCUGUCUUAGGAUGUUUCCUUCAGGUUUGUGAAGACUUCAGGAAAUCCAGUCCUGGUGAAGACAAGGAAAAGGAUGGAAGGCCUGUAGGUUGCAUGCUGUGCUGUAAUGUGUGCACCAAUGCAUUGGGAUCUGGUACCCAACACCUGACUUCAGCAUUUGAAGACUAAUGGUUGAAGGGAAAACCUGAAUAGUCUGGAGAAAUAAAUGAGAAUGGAGAUCUGUACUUGAAGAAGUCUUGGUUUGCAAAUCCGGCAGAAAUUAUGUUCCCAGAUAGAAUCCAGAAGUAUUGCUUUAUAUAUUAAGUACUCAACUAAUAAAGUGUCCCUUGUAAAUACCAAAACCAUGACACUCAGCUAUUAGAGAGGAAAGGAAAAUACUCUUGAGGGUACCUUUGUCUCAAGCAAAGGGGCAUCAUCUGCAUGCCCAGAUGUUUCUUUUCCAUCUCUCACCUUUCAGUAUUGAUUUAUGCAACUUUGCAGAAGAUUAGGUCAGAAAGGAGGUGUGAAAAAAGAGAAUAAAGAAUUAUUUCAUUUUCCUCAAGAUGAAAACCACCUAAAUUCCCAUCACUUACAGUACUGUUUUCAUUGUUGUACACCAGACUCAUGUCUGCAUGACAUUUUGCUUUAACAGUGGUGUAAUUGAUGUGAUGUGAUGGAAAAUCUUGCAUAGGAGAGUACCUCAUCUACUGCAUCAGCUGAAGUUUUCAACAAGUUAAUAAUUCUUCAGUGUUGGACCAAAGUAUGAAAAAUUCUAUUUUAUCAAAAAAAGUGAGCAUCUUUCUUCAUCAUCCCCAAAAGAUUACACUGGCAGGUGAGAUCAGAGCAGAGGAUGACUCAGUACAACCAUUCAGCACAGUUCUCUCUCCAGAGCUCAGCAAAUAAAUCAUUAAAUGUCACUGAAACCCCACUGCCUUGGAAUGAAAGGACACUCCUAGGGCUGAAGGUUUCACUGUCAAUCCUUCUGUCUGUUAUAACUUUGGCAACAAUCCUCGCAAACGUUUUUGUCGUAAUUACAAUUUUUCUGACCAGAAAGCUCCACACACCUGCAAAUUACCUCAUCGGCUCCUUGGCAGUGACUGAUCUCUUAGUGUCUGUCCUCGUGAUGCCCGUCAGCAUCGCCUACACUGUCACCCACACGUGGGCCUUUGGCCAGCUGCUGUGUGACAUCUGGCUGUCAUCAGACAUCACGUGCUGCACGGCCUCCAUCCUGCACCUGUGUGUCAUUGCCCUGGACAGGUACUGGGCCAUCACAGACGCUCUGGAGUACACCAAGCGCCGCACUGCCGGCCGAGCAGCGCUCAUGAUCGCCGUGGUCUGGAUGAUAUCCAUCAGCAUCUCUGUGCCACCCUUCUUCUGGAGGCAGGUGAAAGCUCACGAGGAAAUUGCCAAGUGUGCUGUAAGCACGGAUCAGAUCUCCUACACGAUUUAUUCUACCUGUGGAGCUUUCUACAUCCCAACUGUGCUCCUCCUGAUACUGUAUGGUAGAAUUUAUGUAGCAGCUCGAUCCAGGAUUCUGAAGCCACCCUCGCUGUAUGGGAAACGUUUUACUACUGCACACCUGAUCACCGGUUCUGCAGGGUCCUCCCUCUGCUCCAUCAAUGCCAGCCUCCAUGAAGGGCAUUCCCAUUCAGGUGCAUCCCCAAUAUUUAUUGGUCAUGUUAAAAUAAAACUUGCAGAUAGUGCGCUGGAAAGGAAAAGAAUUUCUGCUGCGAGAGAAAGGAAAGCUACCAAAACUUUAGGCAUUAUUCUGGGAGCUUUCAUUUUCUGCUGGCUGCCUUUUUUUGUCACAUCCCUAGUCCUACCAAUCUGCCAAGAUGCCUGCUGGUUUCAUCCCAUCCUGCAGGACUUUUUUACCUGGUUGGGUUACCUAAACUCAUUAAUCAAUCCAGUCAUUUAUACAGCUUUUAAUGAAGAAUUUAAACAGGCUUUCCAAAAACUAACACUUUUCAAAAAACGCUCCUCUUGAGACUCUCCUCUUGUGUGACUGACCCUUGUGCAAUCUCAGCCCACCUGCAACUUCCCAUGCUUUUAUUCCUAAGGAACGGAGUGGUAAUUGCCAUCUCUGCUGCUCCCCUGUUCUGUGCAUGUAACUGGGAAUUUCUUGCCAAUUUGAUACUUUCUGUCUGGGAUUGUACAUGCCAUAACAGAACCUGUCCAUGGUCUCUGCAGUGAUCAUGUCUGUAUAUAAGAUCAACAACACGUGAAAUAAGCUUUGCAACGAGGCAAGGGGUGUGAACCAGGGAGCUUGUCUCAUCCAAUUAUCCAGUUCUGCCACACCUUCUAAACUGGUGGGGGGAAAUUGUGUGUGUAUUUACCAGUCAGUAUUUCUGCUGUAUAUUAUUAACCAUUUAUGUUGGCUGAGAAAGUUUCUGGAGAGCAGGACCUGAUAAUUACAUUUUCUAUGGCAUGUAUCUUACCCAUGUGAAGCUGAUAAAACCUGUAACUUUUUCAGAUGUGUGACACAGCCUGAGUGUAAUCAGCAGCAGGGCAGAGCAGCAUUGCACGGAUUUAAGUUAUGUGGAUAUUUCACAAAUGAUGCAUUUGAAGCUAUGCUUUUGGUGUAGAAAGGAGACAAUUUAUUUGAAAUAAUUAUUACACAUUUUAUCAUGAAUAGAACAACCAGUGCAGAAAUGCUACAAAAUAAAUAGCAUGAGAAUUAUUGAUCUUCUAUUUCUGUCAUUUAAUUUUUUUGCAUGCAUAAACUGAAACAGGAGAAUAUUGUUAGUGCCAGUGUGGAAUGACUAGGACCUCAUAAAAUAGCCAGAAGGUUCACUCCUUGGUGACAAGAUAUGGGAAGUUAGAGAGAACAAAGUGACACAUCAAGGAAAACUUUCUUAGUAAUUAAGGUUUUGAGGUGGAUGUGGCAUCCCUGUCUCUGGAAAUCUUUAAGUACUGGUCAAACAAACUGUGGUCAGGAAUCACUGCCAGGAUCUUCUGCUGGGGUCACAGAGCAGGUCCCUUCUAACAUGCACUUCUCUGCCUCUGGGAUUAUUUCCCUGAUCUGGCAGGUGGGAAGCUGGCACACGGAAGUCUUGGAUGAAGUCUCAGACAAGACACACUAAGUGGUGCAGCCCAAAUUUCAUGCAACAUUUUAGUCCCUGGGCAUUUUACAUUAGAAGUGUCAUGUCUAUACGGAAUAUGAGAGCCACACAUUGCUUUGAAAAUCACCCAUCACCCUUCUGACCACCCUUCCAUCUCUCAGCCUAGUCCAAUUCAUCUCCCCCAUGCACUGCCAUCCUAACACACCACCACAGUGCAUGUCCACCACAGCUUUCAGCCUCUCCUUUGCAUUGGCAGCACAGCUUUGCAGCUUCUCCAUGUUGCAGGUGCCUCUGCUGAGGGUGGUCCAUAAAGUGAUGCCCCAGGACCACUCACAUGCUGCAGAGUCAGACAGAGCAGUUGUGUGGUCUUAGAACAGCCAUCCUCUCUCCCACUGGAGGCAUUUGAGGCUGCUCUGUUUGGGAAAUGGCUCCUCCACCCUCCCAAAAGUGCACUGAUCUACUUCUGCCAUGCUUAAGAGAUUUUGAUGGUGCCACUGCGUGGCCAUGUCCACACAAUCUGUUUCCAAAGCGUGUGCAGAGUGCCCACUGUUGGUGCAGGUUCUCCUGUGCUCACUCCUGAGCUGGUGCCUUGCCUGGGGACGUGUGAGCUAACACAGCCCACAGGGAAGGCCUGAACCAUUAACUAGUGCAGACAACUGAAUUCCCACACCUGAGGCCAGUCCCUGGCACUGCUCAAUUUGCUGUUACAGCAGCAGUCAAGUUUUCAUCUUCCUCUGAUGAUGGACCAAAAUGUUCACUUUGGGGCCAGUUUGUGAUGACUUCCAAGAUCCCUGGGUGAUUCACCUGCUCAGUGUGAAACUUAAAAUUACAGAUCAUGGUCCUGGAAGGGCCUUUGAGAGGCUGGCUAGUCCAUCCCCUGCCUAGAUCAACUAUGCUUUUGUUCUCUUCCUGUAUUUCUUACUCUUGAAGAUUUUCAAUGAUGAACAGAAUACAGCAUAGGAAGAUGAUCCACCACUCUUGACACUGUUUAAUUCAAGAGUAAACAAAGUAGGCCCUUUCUUUGAUUAGAUUAUAGGUUGAUUUUAAAAGGCACAUGGUCUAAUAUUACACCAUUCUUACUGUUAGUAAAUAUUUGAUAGCAUGCCUGAGUAAUUUAUAUUGGAAAAAAACAGUGAUAUGGAACUGGUAGGUGAAAACACUUG